AUGGAUUACAGACCGAUUUCUCUACUCCAAACCAGCUACAAGAUCUUUGCGAAAGUGCUGGCAACACGACUGCAACGCGUAUUACCAAAAGUCAUUGGUGACUCGCAGCAAGGCUUCGUACACGGACGCCAGAUGUCUAAACUAGUGUUGAUGAUGCUCGCUCAACUGGCGACAGCAACAUCGGAUACAACUACAUCCGCCGACGACAGCCGAGUGAUCCUCCUACUGGAUUUCCGCAAGGCUUAUGACACGGUCGAUCGCGAAUUCCUGUAUGAGGCUCUUCGCCAAUUUGGUUUCGCGGAAAGGUAUGUUCAGCUUAUAACUCGUCUACAUACUGGUACUUCGGCCGCGUUCCUUGUAAAUGGGGAACAGUCUCGUCCCAUCUCCGUCGUUUCCGGUAUCCGGCAAGGCUGUCCACUCGCCCCUUUGCUUUUUCUCGUCGUGGUGGAGAUAUUGGGCGUUGCGGUACAGCAAUCACCAGAUUUGUCUGGGCUUCCUGUCCCUGGACGACAUCCGGCAACGCACGUUUUCUCGGCAUUUGUGGAUGACUCGACGAUCUUUCUCGAGAAGGCCAGUCAGCUAGAGCCAGCGAUAGCUCUUCUCUCUCAAUUUGGGACCCUAUCAGGGCUAGUUGCCCAACCCUCCAAGAGUCAGAUCAUUUGUCUUAAUCGGGCUGUGCACGUAGCCGAUAUGCGGGGCAUUCCGGUCCUUCAACAUGCGGACACGGUGCGAUACCUGGGCUAUCAAGUAGGACUGAGACCCUUACACAAUUGCAACUGGGCGCUUCGUAUCCGGAAGCUUCAACGGAGGCUAAUGACAGCUUCCAGGGUGGCGACCAGUGUGGCGAAUCGGGUGUUGAUCCUCAACUCCAUCAUUCUCCCGUCUGUUCUGUUCACGGCGGCGGUGUUCGAUAUGCCUGAGUGGGCACGACUUGCUGUCCACAACCUGUACAAACAAUUUUUAUGGGCUCAUGCGACUUCAACGGAAGCCAGCCGACACAAGAUUAACCCCGGGACUACUUUUCACCCCCAAAAAGGCAGGGGGAUUGGGUUGGCCUCUUUGGAGGUGGCUAUUAAAACGCAGCGUACCAAGCACGCUUUACAGUGGCUCACACAAGCUCAGGACAAGUAUUUUGGAGCCUGGAGUGCGUGGGCUUAUCAAGGCCGGCCGACAAAUUCGAGUCUGGUUCUCCAUUGCAGGACGCAGGCAGCUGGGGCUGCAUCGUGUGUCGGGGCACCGUCCCCAAAUUCAUGGGUACCGGACGUUGACAAGCUUCUACACCCUACGGUAGAGCAAGCCACCAUUCUCAGCGAGCGGUGUGCGAUUCAUCGCUUUUGGGGGACACUAGGCUGGAGUAAUAACCCGUGGAUCCAGGACGGCAAUGGCCUCUCGUUAAAAUCCGCUACCUAUGACAGGAUCGCCAUCUGCCCCAUCUCGGACCUGCACAUUCGGCGAACAGGGCCAACUGAAUUUAUUUUUCGCAUUAAGCCGGUUGGACCCCGAUCUUUUCACCACUCGCAGCCUAAACUCCGUCGGUGGGCGACGGCAAUCUUGCUGGCAUCCCCUACGUUCCCCAUUGGGGGCGAAUUAGCGCUCGAACCUGAGCUGGUUCUUCGCCAUGCACCACCUUUUCGACAUGAAUGGACCUGGGCCUCGGUCCAACAAGGUCGAGUGGUCGGGAGGCGAGAGGGGUACUUGGAAGUCGCUGACCAGCCUGUUGAACUGCAGCAGAGUGCGGAUGGAAUUCGCUGGUUUUUCACCACUCACCUACCAGAGUUAUCUACUAAUUCGGACGAGGACAGAUCCGUUUGGGCCCUACGCUUGCGUCGUCACGGCGUCGUGUUUUACUCCCAUCCCGGGCAUCAUGGCUUUCCUUGGGCCGUCGCCGAGUCGGUCGCGAACUUAGCUAUACGAAAAGCUAUUUCACGCCUGGCGUUCACGUUUCACAAAAGACUUCUUGCAGUCGCAUUGCGACCGCUGGUGCGGCGUCUGGAGGCCGUCUGUGACUUCGAUCAGUGGCAGCGGGCUGCCGCAAACCAAGACCCGGCACACGUUUGGAAGCAUGACAAUGGCCUUUCCGACCAUCAGGUCUGGACGUGUUACCGUAUAGCCACCAAGCAACUCAACUUGUACCAUGCCGGCCGUCCGGCGGACAAUAGUUGCCGGGCGUUAUUGGCGUGUCACGGUUGCAAAGAAACGCCGGCUCACAUCUUUUGGGACUGCCCCAAGCGCGCGCGUGCUGGGGUCAACUCAUUACCCAUUGGACAGGUGAACGGGCUGGGAGGCCGUGGGAAGAGCGUUGGUUCGUCGGGAGUGUGA